GCACGGAUGUGACGUACGCUCAACACCGGAACUGCACUGCGCAGUGGAAAGAAAAAUGGCGAAUCUCGUGGAGGCGACGUCCCAGCAGCAGUUUGAAGAUUUCUUAGCCAAAGCUGGACAAUGCCUGACUGUGGUGCAUUUCCAGGCGGCAUGGGCUCCUCAGUGUGGCCAAAUGAACGAGGCUAUGGCCGAGCUGGCCAAGGAGCACAAACACACCACGUUUGUGAAGCUAGAGGCGGAAGCGGUGCCGGAGGUGUCGGAGAAGUAUGAAAUCUCCUCUGUCCCCACUUUUGUUUUCUUCAAGGGUGGGGAGAAAGUGGACCGGCUGGAUGGGGCACAUGUUCCGGAGCUUACGAAGAAGGUACAGCGCUUGGCAGUGACUGGGAGUCCUGGUGGAGCUGCGGAAAAUAGCGCCACAGACCUGAACCAGCGGCUGAAGAAGCUAAUCAACGCGGCGCCCUGUAUGCUUUUCAUGAAGGGGUCCGCACAGGAGCCCCGCUGCGGCUUCAGCCGACAGAUAGUGGCCCUGCUGAAGGAGCACAACAUCCAGUUCAGCAGCUUCGACAUCCUAUCCGACGAGGAGGUCCGACAGGGGCUGAAGACCUACUCCAACUGGCCUACCUACCCUCAGCUGUAUGUGAAUGGUGAGCUGGUGGGGGGACUGGACAUAGUGAAGGAGCUUGCUGAGUCUGGAGAGCUGGAGAACACCUGCCCCAAGACUGUCACCUUGGAGCACCGGCUGAAGACCAUCAUCAACCAGAGCCCAGUCAUGCUGUUCAUGAAGGGCAACAAGGAGGGUGCAAGAUGUGGCUUUAGCAGGCAGAUACUGGAGAUUAUGAACGGCACCGGGGUGGAUUAUGACACCUUUGAUAUUCUGCAGGAUGAAGAGGUGCGUCAGGGUCUGAAGACUUACUCUAACUGGCCGACCUACCCCCAACUCUACGUGAAAGGAGAGCUUAUCGGAGGUUUGGACAUAGUCAAGGAGCUGAAGGAGAGUGGAGACCUGGUAUCAGUGCUGAAGGGGGAGUCGUAGGUGGAUUUGCUCUGGCUUCAGAGAUGGGGGAACAAGAAGCUUCCACGCACGCUCAGAUCGGCCCACUGUCACUGAUGCAACAUUACAGGAGUGCCAGGAAGUGUUAAUGGAAGAGUUAAUUAUCAAAUUACUUUCUUAUAACCUAACUAUAGUAGCGUUUGGAUAGGUUCAUGUUCUGUUUAAGGUCAAAAAUGAAACUGAAGUUAACAAUGAGAACUGACUUGUUUUCAACUCUGAAAAUACAUCUCCAGAAAUGUUAAAAGUGAAAGUGAAAGAUUCCUGUACUUGGCCAAACUUUAUAAAUCCUUGCAGUUAGCAACUGGUAAAAACGGCUCCUCCUUGCUGUCUUGACACUGGGUUACUAUCAGGACUUUAGUUGAUAAUAUCUGAUGUGUGCAUUUCUGGAUCACAUCCACAUACAGUCUAUGGUUACAUCUGUCCCUCCAGUAACCACAGCUUUGCACUUAACAACAGGUUUAUAUUUAGUGAACCAUUAUUUGCUCACUGUGUAGCUGAUGCUUCAAGCCGUCCUGUCCAGCUCCUGUCACACACACCUUCACCUGAAAGACAGAAGAAACAUUUACCAUAUCCAAGAAUAACUGUGCUUUAAGUACUUAAGACUUCUUCUUGAUUUGUUUGUUCAUGGAUAACAUUAUGAUUAAACAAUAAUAAACAUGA